GCUACAGCGAGGACUUUUGAGAAGCACUGCUGAAGUAAUUCGUAUCCCGUGUGACCUGCUUUGCAAAUAUGGCAGUGUUUUGCAGAUCAGCUGCUUCAGUUUUGAAACCAGUCAGAUUUGUACCUUCUGCAUUUGCAAAUAUUCGACAAUGCAGCUCAGGAGACCAGUACCAUUACAUACUGGUUGACAAAAAAGGUGAAAAGAAGAAUGUGGGUUUCAUUCAGUUAAACAGACCCAAGGCCUUGAAUGCACUUUGUGAGGGCCUGAUGCUUGAAGUAGGUAAAGCUCUUGAUACCUUUGAAGAAGACAAUGAAGUUGGAGCAGUAGUCAUCACAGGUAGUGAAAGAGCCUUUGCAGCUGGGGCUGAUAUCAAAGAAAUGCAGAACAGAAGUUUUCAAGAAUGUUAUGGUGGCAAUUUUCUGGGGCACUGGAACAAAGUAUCGACAGUUAAAAAGCCUGUUAUAGCUGCUGUGAAUGGAUAUGCUCUUGGUGGAGGUUGUGAAUUGGCCAUGAUGUGUGACAUCAUUUAUGCUGGAGAAAAAGCUCAGUUUGGACAGCCUGAAAUCUUAUUGGGAACUAUUCCUGGUUCUGGUGGUACCCAGAGGCUCACUCGGACAGUGGGUAAAUCUCUUGCUAUGGAGAUGGUCCUUACAGGAGACAGGAUUUCAGCACAGGAGGCCAAACAAGCUGGUCUUGUGAGUAAAGUGUUUCCUGUGGAACAGCUUGUAUCUGAAGCAGUCAAAUGUGGGGAGAAAAUAGCCAGCAAUUCCAAGAUAGUAUCAGCCAUGGCAAAAGAGGCUGUGAAUGCAGCAUUUGAACUAACUCUGGCUGAAGGCAAUCGGUUUGAGAAGAGACUAUUCCAUGCAACAUUUGCCACAGAGGACAGAAAAGAGGGCAUGACGGCGUUUGUUGAGAAGAGAAAAGCUGCAUUCCAGGACAAAUAAAGGUUCAGAUCAGAAAAUCAUGAUUUUCAAUACACUAAUACAAAUGGCUUGUAGUUAGACGCUGGAUGCUAUAAUGACAGACUUUGCCUUAACUUGAUUUUUCCAUGAAGUGUUAAAAUGUGCUUCAAAAGCUAAGAAAGUCUAACAGUCCCAUGAGAUUUACAUUUUCUCUCAAACUAAGCUUCAGAUCAAUGUAUGUGAACAUAGAUUCUCAUUGAGAUAUUUAUUUUGUUUAAUGUUACUGUCAUCAGUUAAAUCUCAGAUUGUGUGACCUGUACAUGUCUAACAUCCAUGCAAUGUAUACCUUAGUUUAAUGACAUACAAUGUAAAUACCAUCUGACAGGACCUCAAGAGAGGGGCUCCCAAAACAUAUCACGUUGCCAUUUUGUAUUACUUGUCAGGUUGAUUUGUGUUUCGACAGAAAUUUCAGCUAAGGAGUGAAUGCGGAGAAAUUCAGCUGUACAAAGAAAUGGGGAAAGAACUAUCACGAUUAAAAACCUAUGAAAAGAC